ACCCGGGUCAGUGGGGCGAUGCGAUGAGGGGGGAGCAGGGAUCCAGAGGAGAGACGGGAGCAAGAGGGAGCAUGGGGUUGAAGGGAUCUCGUGGACCCACUGGAAAGCUGGGACGUCCUGGUCCAUCAGGACUGCCUGGUUCCACCGGAAAGCCUGGGCUCGCUGGACAAGUGUUUGUCCUCCCAGGCCUUCAGGGAGACCCAGGAAACAGAGGUCCAACGGCCGCCUGCAGCUGCUCAGAUGUUCAAACCACACAAACACCACCGGACAAAAUCCAGGCGGUGUUUGUUGCUGACGGAGAGAAGGAGAUGAGACGGCUGAGGGCAGAGAACGUGAUGGUGCUGCGUACAGACAGAAGAGCUCUUUACAUCUAUGCCCAAUCCCAGUGGAUCAAUGUGCUGGAGAACCGCAGACACCGACUUCCUCUGACAUUCAAGCACGACUGAUGCACCGGUGCGAAAAACAACAAAUCAGAUGCGCUCAGUUUGUCCGUCUGCAGGAUUUUAUUUAUUCUUUUGUUUUUCUACAGUUUUCUGGGAGUCCCGACUGAAGAUUUCUGCGUGUCCAGCACCUCAUGUCCUUUUACCGUUUACUCUGCUCUCUUCGUCUCAGCACCUCUGCCGUUAUGUUUGUUCACUGCUGCUGUUGAAUGUUGCUGCAAAAACAUCAGAACCAGCUGCAUGAAG